UAUCACAUCAAAUGUCUGCCGAAGAUGCUGAUAAUGUACUGUGCAAUCAGAAUCAAAGGAAAAUAUUUUCUUCUUCGAUGAGAAGGUGGGCUGACAGCUACUUUGUUUGAGGUUAUUUUCGUAAAACGGGCAGUCGAAAAGCGAAAAAUGAAUACUACCAAAAGCCAUAUCGUUGCCGUCCUUGUCGUUGUUGCUUAUUUAACGCCAGCUGCGUACGGACUAAGAUGUUUCAUGUGCAACGCUUUCAUGAAGAGCCCCGUAGCAGGACCAUGUCCAGACAAUCCCGAAUAUCACGAUAUGGACUGCAUGGAUGAUUCUGUAAAAUACUGUCUGAAGUGGGAUGGAUCUUACGUCGUCACAAACACAACAUCAAUGGAACGAAGGGCCGGACAAGGUCCCUACCGCAACUGUGGCAAAGACAAUUGGAUUAAGGCAUUUGUUGGCUCCAUCCCUACUGACAGCGGAACCUGCAAACACGUCGAAGUCAACAACCAACUAAUCGAAAAUGAAGAAGACAUUGAAAUUUCUUUUUCCGGCACAUUUUGCACAUGCAAUACGGAAACUUGCAAUGGAGCCAUGCAAAAAUCGGCAGAACGAUUUGUAUUUCUUGGCGGUCUUUUAGGAGUGUUCUGUUUUGUUUUCAAAAUGUGACCUACAAUUAUUAGCAAAAAACAAAAGAAGUGAAAUUUAAAAUACCAACAAAUUAAUUUAUGCGGUUCGGAUGGCUGCACUAUACGAUCGCGGAUUUCGCGCCCCUACCGUACACUCAAGUCUCAAUUGAACUAGUUCGUUUUUCCUAAAUAAAUAUCUUACCCAUAUAUUA